AUGUCUGCUCUUUAUAACCAAGUGACACCUUUAGCUUUGGGAAAACUGAAGAGUAAAUCUCCUAACAGUGAAAACAAUAAGAAGAAGAAUAAGAAUAGUAAAGAAAUAAGUUCACAGCUUACAGCACAAGAAGAUCCAUAUGACCCUUUACAAACUAUGAUUGGAGACUCUCUUAUAGAAGCAGAAAAGAGGAAAAGAAGGGCAGAAAGAUUUCAAGUAAAAUCUCGACGGGAAACUAAAAGAAUUAAAAAUACAUUUGAUCCAUUACAAGAACAGGAAGAUUUCUCCAAUUUGAAUGCGAUUGGCACUAAAUCGCAUGCCUAUGACCAAUCCAAAACAAUCAUAGGGAAAUGUACUACUUUGGAGAAACGGUAUUUGAGACUGACGUCUGAACCAAACCCGGAGUUUGUACGUCCUUUGCCUAUUUUAAAUAAAGCUUUCAAAUUCAUUAUGGGUAGGUAUGCUCGUCAUGAGGUCAAUUACACGUAUAUAUGUGAUCAACUGAAAUCAAUAAGACAAGAUAUGAGAGUACAGAUGAUAGAAAAUAAAUUCACAAUGAAAGUGUACCAGACUCAUGCAAGGUUAGCUCUUGAGAAUGGCGAUCUAGGGGAAUUCAAUCAGUGCCAGAGUAGGUUGUUUAUCUUAUAUUCUAAGCCAGAUUUGAAAAAGACAAGCUAUUCAGAAUUUGUCAGCUACCUAAUAUUAUAUUUUAUAUUGACAGAAAACUUUGAGUCGAUAACAUCUUGGAGAUUGAAAUUGAUCCAAGAAGAUAUCCAAACCUUUCAAGAACAAAGAGUACAGAAAAGUUUCCAAUUAUCACAAAACGUUUUAUUAGGUGACUAUUCAAACUCCUUAUCUAUAGCUAAAAGUAUAAAUGGAGUGGCCACAAAUUUAGUUAGUCCCGUCAUAGAGAGAGAAAGACUGAAAGCUUUAAUGAUAAUAUGUCAAAGUUAUAACCAAUUAAACAUUAAAUAUAUGGUUCAGUUAUUUAGGUUUCAUGAUCAAUUGGAGUUAAUAACGUAUCUAAAGGAGAAACAAUUGGAUUCAUAUAUUGCAGUGAAAAAUCCAAAUACUGAUACUGAGUUUAGGUAUUUGGAUACAAAAAAUUGCAAACAGAAAAUGAAACAGAUUUAUGAUAAUUCUAGAAAAGUUGAUAUUAAAGGUCAAAUAUAA